AUGCGUUCGAUUGAGAUUCGACUUUUUCGAGAUUCACUCCCGACGAUUAGUGAGAUUGGUUGGUCACCAGAUUCGACCAUGUUGUUGGCUGCCUGCCCUGCGACAGGGACUGUGCUCGUCUACUCUGUCGAAGACGAAGACUUUAAAGCAACCAUCACCGUUCCAGGGAUCAAUCCGGAAUCCGGCUCUGGAUUCAGCGAUGUCUAUUACAGCAAUACUAGUCAUAGUAAUAGCAACAAUAGCAGCGGUGUGAAAAAUGGAAAAGGCAAUAAUGCUACAUCAAGGAAGAAUAGCGAGGCGAUCAAUAAUAAGCAAAUACAGGCACUCAAGGCCAUGGGAUACACCCCUCCAGGAGCUGAGUUCCUUCGUGGAGCACGCUUCAGUGCAGACUCGCGACAUAUUCUCAUCUGGGAGGAGCAUCUGCUCCGAGUUAGCAUCUGGUCUCUAGACGGGACAACGUCCUUUCCUUCUUCUCAUCUUUCUAAUAUUGAGGCUUCAACUGUUCCAAGUUUGGGACCAUUGCCUCCUAUUCAACAGCAACAACAACAACUACAAAAACAACAAUAUCCAGCACAGCAGUCAGUAGUUCUAUCAAUUCCAUAUCCAAAAGCCAUGACCAAAUCCGCAAUCACAUCGUUCUCAGUUCCUCCAUACAGUACCUUUGGCACGACCGCUACCACGUCUGCUGCAGGCUCCGGAUCUCAAUUUGUGUACAGUGUUCGAGGGGAUUUGCAGUAUGUGGCGAUUGUAGAACGGAAUGGACGAGAAUGUCGGGACUACGUCUCAAUCUACGCGACCGAAAACUAUUGGACUCGGCCACCGAUUCAUACAUUUGUAGUAGGGGGUAGCAGUGGCAGUGAUGGAGGAGGAACUCAAGGAGGAAUUAAGGAUGUGGAUGGUAUUGUGUGGAGUCCUGAUGGACGAUACUUAGCCGUAUGGGAGAAUCCGAUUCUGGAUUUUAAGGUGGCAGUAUAUUCAAUGGAUGGAAGAUGUGUAGGGUUGUAUGCUCUUCAGGACAGUAGUAAUAAUGUGAUGGGGCCUGGAGUGAGUAAUACAACUGGAGGAGGUGGUAUGGGCGUCAAGUCUGUGUGCUGGCAUCCUGGCUCAAAAUUCCUGGCACUCGGAGGAUAUGACCAGAAAAUCCGCUUCCUUAAUUAUCUGACUUGGAAGUCAGUCCUUGAGUUUCAACAUACUGCGCACAUCAAGUAUGGACAUGGCACUGUUCUCUGGCGAGAAUCUGAAUCAACUAUCACUGUAGCAGAGUCUGUUCGGAUCCAGGGUGGUGUUGAAUACACAAUUGCAGAACAACCUACUUGGGUUCCCACAGUCCGUAUUGAUACUCAAAAGCCAAAUGCUAAAAUUGGGGUUGGCUGGUGUGAUUUUAAUAGCGAUGGUACUUUACUGGCGUCACGGAACGACAAUAUGCCAAAUGUACUAUGGAUAUGGUCGAUGCGUGAAUUGAAGCCGAUUGUGAUUAUUCAACAACAAUCGCCAAUUCGAGUCUGCCGAUGGGAUCCCACUUAUCCAUUCCGUAUUGUAUGGUGCUGUGUUGGAUCUGGCUAUGUCUAUAGCUGGAGGAAUCCUUCAGCAGAACUAGUUGGCGGUGGAAUAGUUGAGGCGAUAGAGGUACCAGUUGAAAACUUUGAAGUGUCAUCGUUAAAGUGGUGUCCAGAAGGCAAAGGGUUGUUAUUAUUAGACAAGGAUAUGUUUUGUUUGGCUUUUCCAAUCGAGGGAGAUGAUGAUGGGCAAUACGAUCCAUGA